GCAACCCACCCGCGCCGCCAGCUCCGCUGCCAUCGCCUCCGCCCGGCCCCCCGCCCGGCAGGCUCGGGGGACCCUCCCUUCCCCCCCCCCCGGCUGUGGCGCCCCCUUGUGGCGCCCUUGAGGCGGGUCCCCCCUGCCUGGCAGGGUCGCGAGCCCCCCUUCCCCCUCCCCCGCUCCUGUGACCUGACAGGGGCGUUUAUGGGGCGUCCCACCCGCCCCCGGCCGGAGCGGGCGAGGGGGGCGACAGGGGCAACCCGCUCCUUUUCAAAUCAAGCCUGAAGCCGCUUCUCCGUUUGCCCUCGAAGCCACCAUCCAAACGUGGGGGGCGGGGGAGGGAAGAAAUCGGAGGCUCCCGCCAUUAGCAAAGCAGUUGCCGGGACCCUGAAACCAACCGGGGACCUGUCUGCCCUUUCCCGGCGCCCUCAGUUGCGGUCCCGCAUCGGGAGCCGCUCCUCGGGGUCGGUCUUGCCGCGACACCGGCAGCUUGCUUGAGGGUCCGACGGGGUCGAUCAGCAGCUCUCGGGAUUUCGUUUCGAGUUCGUCCCCUGGGCGCGGGGACGAGGAGGCAGGUCGGGGGUGUCCUGCCGGGGCGCUGAGCCCGUCGCUUUGAGGAGCCGUGGCUGGUCCUGAAAGCCGAAGCGGGAAAGGCAGAAAGGCUUUGGUUUGAAAAGGAUCGCGGGACAUACUCUAGACAUUUGCUCCCUCAGUUCUCUUCUCAUUUCGCUUGGCUUCCUGCUGGGUGGACAUGAUUUGUCCAAGUCCCGGGCUGGCUGUCUGUGAUUGGCAAAACGCAAACGGUCCGUAGGGAAGCGGUGGGAUCCUGUUGUUUGAAAUUGGACUAGAAGUUGGGCGUUACUCUUUGCUCACGUGGCAGCAUGAAGUUAACGAUGCUGGCUUGCCUGUACCGGCAGUCCAUUUCUUUGAAAUACUUCGUUAGUCGAUUACACGAUGUAAAUUACAAAUUCUCAAGUCUCUGCAACAACUCGGUGGGACAGAAAUGCUACAAAAAUUGUUGGGAGCAAACACUAAGUAUGUACAUAAUACUGAAAACCAAUAACAAUCUACAUUUGUAAGUUAAGGAGGUUUGCAUUUGCAAAUGAGAAGUUAGGAUUUGAUGAAACAUUCUGUGAUAAUCUUACAAAUUCCUGUGGACGCUUAGAUUUCUGUCUCCGGCAGCACAAAGUCUUCAUUUAUACUUGUUGAGUAGAGUAUACUGCUAUGAUAAGACGGGGGUGGAAGUUUGCCUGCGGACAGACACCUCGAUUAAUGAGACCAGCAUCUCUCGAUAACAAUUCUUGCUCUUAGUUGUAUUUACUGUCUUUGUUUUUGAUUUAGCAAGUUGGCUCAAGUCAAGAAUUGUGUGUGAGAAGACAAAUCAGCGGAGUGGAGUUGACUAUCACUUUAUUUUCUGUCAGUUUCUUUUACCGAUGCUUCAAGGAGAAAUAUGUCAAAUAUUAACCUCGUGCAGCCCUUUUUCUGCAAACCAAACAAUUUCUGCUUAGGGGAAAGGACCUGUACUUAGAUUUCUGUUGCCCUUUUUUCUGGUGAACCUCCUUAAAUUGCAUGUAUAUGUUGCUGUUCCUAUGUAUGUGUGUCUCUCUAUCACAUAACCCAGAACUUAUUUCCUCAGCCAAAUGGCUAGGGGCCGAGCCUAGCCAUGAUUUUACCUCCAAUGGACGCAAGUUUCUUUGGUGAAGAUCUCUCCUGAGAGCUCGGGACUAGCAGAAAGAAGCGAGGAAAUUUCGACCGUUUGGUUCUUACGGAUAGGUAUUUAUGUAUUCGGGUUUGUGUGAAUGUAAGCUCUAUUUGACUUUCCAGAAAAAAAAGUAUUUUGCAAGUGACAUUGAAUGGUCGGUUGAACCAUAUACGGUAAGAUAUGUUAAGAAAUGGAUCCCAUUUAAACUAUUAAAGGAUACUCUUGCCUUUAAUUGUAAUCUUUAUUAUUUUCUUAGAGAGGACUUUAGACUAUUUAAAAAAAGUGAACCACUGCAUUUUGAUAGCUGGUGCAGAUGAUAAGCAAAUUUAAACGUAACUCUAAAAUGAGACACUUUUUAACAUAUAAGUAUUUUUUUUCGUUUUUAAUGGGUAAGUAUUUUUAAGUAGUUGCACAAAUUCAAGCCCUAAGUUCUUUGCAUUGAUCAGCUUCUUCAUCUUGCAGGUAUGAUGGGCGUGGUCACCUACAUGACCUCUCUGAAUAUGAUGCUGAAUAUUCCACGUGGAACAGAGAUUACCAGUUAUCGGAAGAGGAGGCUAGAAUAGAGGCCCUCUGUGAUGAAGAGAGAGGAGGAAUAUAAGCGGCUGAGUGAAGCUUUAGCCGAAGAUGGCACUUAUAAUGCAGUGGGAUUCACUUAUGGCAGUGAUUAUUAUGAUCCUUCUGAACCCACAGAAGAGGAGGAGCAGCAGCAACGACCUUCCAAACAAAGAGAAACUACUCAGACAGAACACGUGGAAGAAAAUGAAGAACCUUUCAUUGCUCCACUGGGACUGAAUGUACCUUCUGAUGUGGAACUGCCACCGACAGCAAAAAUGCAUGCAAUCAUUGAACGAACUGCAAACUUCGUUUGCAAGCAGGGAGCGCAGUUUGAGAUUAUGCUGAAAGCCAAGCAGGCACGCAAUUCUCAGUUUGACUUUUUGCGAUUUGAUCACUACCUCAACCCCUAUUACAAAUUCAUACAGAAAGCAAUGAAAGAGGGGCGAUAUGCUGCUGCUUCUGAUAAGAAAGCGGAUGAGAAAAAAAAUUCAAAAGCUAAGUCUGAGGAAGAUGACGACGACGAUGAUGAUGAUGAUGAUGAGGAUGGAAAUUAUCUGCAUCCGAGUCUUUUUGCCUCUAAAAAAUGCAGUAGACUUGAAGAGCUUAUGAAGCCUUUGAAGGUAGUGGAUCCUGAUCAUCCACUGGCAGCACUUGUUCGCAAAGCACAGUCUGACAAUAAUUCAUCCACACCCCAGUCAACAGAUGGGGCAGCAAUACAGUCAUCACAAGUGGAAUAUCCUACGGAUUCGACGGUGGCCGCCAUGUAUUACAGCUACUACAUGCUACCUGAUGGAACCUAUUGCUUUGCACCUCCACCUCCAGGAAUAGAUGUUGCCACCUACUACAGUGCACUGCCUGCAGGGGUGACUGUAUCAAGCACUACAGGGGUGGCAACUAUACCUCCACCUCCUGGUACUACACCUCCCCCUCCGCCAGACGCAGCUGAAGCCGAUAGUGGAUUGACUUCUAGCACAACCUCCGCAAGCACAAUUGCUCCAGUGGUUGCCAUUAUUCCCCCACCCCCUGAUAUUCAACCAGUUAUUGACAAGUUAGCUGAAUAUGUUGCUAGGAAUGGAAUAAAAUUUGAAACCAGUGUUCGUGCCAAGAACGAUUUGAGAUUUGAGUUCCUGCAGCCUUGGCACCAGUACAAUGCCUACUAUGAAUUUAAGAAACAGUUUUUCCUUCAAAAAGAGAGCAGUGAGAGCUCUCAGGGAGUGGCUCCAUCAGAAGAUGUUCCAGCAGAUUCUGCUGGUGAUGCACCAAGUGAAUCUCAGCUUCCAGAGGAUCAUAUCUCUGAAGAUUCAUCUGAGCUUGGUGGUACUGGAGCUUCAGCAAUUAAAAAAGACAUACCUGCCACUAAACUUAUCAGUGAUGGCAAAUUGGUGAAAGCAUCAUUUGCUCCAAUAAGCUUUGCAAUCAAGGCCAAAGAAAAUGACCUCCUUCCCUUGGAGAAGAACCGUGUGAAAUUAGAUGACGACAGUGAUGAGGAGGAGGAAGAGGGCAAGGAAGGCCAAGAGAACGCGAAUACUGUUUCAAGCAAUAACCCAACACUUGCCACUCCUUGCCCUGCUGUUGAAGAGAAGAAACCUCAACUUACCCCAGAAGAGCUGGAAGCAAAACAAGCAAAGCAAAAAUUAGAGGACAGACUGGCAGCUGCGGCGAGGGAGAAGCUUGCCCAGGCCUCCAAGGAAUCGAAAGAAAAGCAGCUUCAGGCAGAACGCAAAAGGAAGGCGGCGUUGUUCUUGCAGACCCUGAAGAACCCCCUGGCAGAAGCAGAAGCGGAGAAAAUUGAGGAGAAUUCCUAUAGUGUAGAGCCCUCCUUCCUGUCGGCUGAUAAGGGCAUCAGUAACAUACCAUGUCCCUUAACGACCAUCAGAACUUUGCCCACUUUAGAAGUUAAACAGUCGGAAAGGCCUUCAAGCAGAAGCAAAGAACCUCCUAGAGAUGAUGAAAAGGAAAAGAAGAAAAAGAAACACAAGAAAAGAUCUCGGACAAGAUCCCGAUCACCUUCCAAGUAUCAUUCGUCAUCUAAAUCUAGAUCGGGAUCACAUUCAAAAGCAAAGCAUUCACUUCCCACUGCCUAUAGAACUGUGAGGCACUCAAGACUCACAGCAUCCACAGGGACACUGAGCAUGGAACCGAGUCUGAGCAGCUCAUCAAUGGCAGCAGCAACAGAGCGAGAAAAUUAUCAGGCAGCUUCGACAACGAAAAGAUUUGACUGCUGGAGCUCUUUUGAGGGAAAUCCUGGUAAAAUGUCAAGGUCACGGUCAAGGUCACCCAGGAGACGGGCCCACUCCCCAGAACGGCGAAGAGAGGAAAGGAGUGUCCCAACUGCUUAUCGCAUUAGUAACAGUCCUGGAAACAGUAGGAAACGCACACGGUCCAGAAGUCCCCAUGAAAAGAAGAAGAAGAGGCGGUCUAGAUCACGUACUAAGUCCAAAGCUAGAUCUCACUCGCCGUCCAUGUCACCAAGCAAACAGUCGACGCACAAAAACUCCGUACAUUCAACUAGCAUCUCUCCUGUGGAGAGUAGGGAAUCCAGCCAGGAACGCUCCAGGGGAGUUUCUCAGGAAAAAGAUGGCCAGAUCUCUUCUGCAAUUGUGUCUUCAGUGCAAAGUAAAAUAACUCAGGAUCUCAUGGCCAAAGUGAGAGCAAUGCUUGCAGCUUCCAAAAACAUCCCGACCAGUGCCUCCUGAGACCUGGUGAUUUGACCAUCAAGAGAUUGAUAUGGAAAGGAACAAUCUGAAAAACUGCCUCGUCUCAAGUGUCCAACUGAGCUUAGCUCACGUGGUUGCAAUUCAUUCUGAUCUGAUCAGAUCUUAAAGGAGCUAAAAACCUUUCUGUACAGAACUGGCCCAUUGAAACUUCACUGAUUUUUUUUUUUGAUUUUUUUUUUCCAGCCAGAAUCUCUCUUUGGACAGCUUCUGGGUUUUGUAAAUUGAUUUUUGAUUACUUCUCCAGUAACAUUUUAUGACCAGCAGUCUCAGUCUGUAUAUUUGUAAAUAGUAUCAUGUUUCUGUGAUAAAGUAUUACACAAUAAAAAGGAGAAAAACACCUUUUAUUAGCUACCCACUUUGUGUAGGUUCCUUAAUUUUUUUUUUAUGAGCAACUUUCUUUUGCUGUUAGAUUUCUUUUUCUUUAAUUUUUUAAACUGUUCUUCCUUUUACACUACUCUCUCAGGCAGUGUUGUUGCUGAAAAACACCUUUCAUCUUCCUUCAUGCAUCAAAUGAUCUAAGCACACUUGUUGCUCAGCAGACAGGUUUGUGCAUGGACCGCAGAAUUUUCUGUCCAUUAUUAAGCUGGUGCUCUGACUGUUUGCAGUGCAGUCUCUUUGAAGUGUGUUGGAGUCACAGCCCCUUUUCCUUAAUAUGCAGCACUCUCCAGUCACAUCUGCUGAAAAGCCAGUAUUUUUUUUUACAAUUGUUCAAUAGACUCAUCUUUUCCAGAGAUACAAGAAUCUUUUCAUUUAACAUUUUUCAUACUGUUAGAACAAUGAACUUGAAGGUCCGGAGACAUGCUAUCCUGCCUUUGUAAACUGUCAAUGACAAAUGCCAGUUAUGUUUUUUGCAAGCGUAUGAACUCGAUAUAAUUACAAGGCCAUUUGUUAUGCAUUCUACACAGUUUAGUGAGACCGUUUAAAUAAUCUUUUAAAAAUGGGAUGGAAGCAUUCUGAAAGCUGAUUGAAAGUGGCUACAGAAAGCAAUAACUGAAAAGAUAACAAUUAAAGACAAUGGUCCUUUUCCCUUAGAUUAUGACUGAGCUGUGUCAUUAUACAAUUGUUACAUAAACCUCUAAAAUGAGUUUCUGUGAGCUCUAUAUUAGAGGGAUUAGGACUUAAAAAGGAGGCAUGUCUUAAUAAUAAAGUACAGCACAGUCAAUGUCAUAAUAGGCAGAAGAGGAAGGUUCUUUGGUUCAAUCGGUACAUGGAAGAUAAUGUUUUAAUGAAGCUUUUGGGACAUUGGCUUAUCACCAUUGUUUCAUUGUGUUUUAGUCUGAGCCGAUACUGGAGAGCGGGCGAAGCUAAUCUAUGAUGUAUUGCUUUUUUCAAAAAUGUCUUCAAGGAACUAUCAAUAACAGAGGUGGGGGUAUGAGAGAAGAAAAAUAGGCUGAGAUUUUCAAAGGUGUUGAAUACCCUUGUUCACAUAUUCCGUUUGAAAUAUCUUUAAAUGAACCUGACUUUCUAGAGGUUGGCUUUCUGAAAAUGCACUGGGGUAGUUGGAUGCUUUGGCCUUUUGUACAAAUUGGCAGUGUUGAAUAUUGAGAAUUAAAGGACAACUUAUGCGCA